AUGGACCCGGUACCAGAUAUAGAUGAAAUUCUUGACCAGUUAGAGGCUUCAGAAACAAAAAUUACGGAGAAACAUCAUCAUGAAAAGCAGCCUCAUUUAAAAGACAGGCAAAGUUGUAGUAAUUCAGGAACAGAAGUUAUUCCUUCACCAUGUACAAACGGUAUUACGCAUGGUCAAUCUUCACAACGUCAAGAAAGUUUUUCGAGUGAAGAAAGAAUUAAUGGCAGUGUCCAAGGCGAUAAAUCUUCAUCCGUGGAUUUGUCCAAGAAAGCUAAAACGUCAGUCGAACAUUUUGAGAACACCGUUGGCUCAGCAGAUAGCUCGACGUGUAAUUUGAUUGAUCUAGAUUCUGAUGAUAAUUCUGCUGCAGUUUGCUGCAAUGGAAAUUCGGUGGAUGGUUGUACUGCUGGUGUUGACAAUUGUACUUUGUCAGUUUUAGAGGAAAUAUUUUGUAGUAUUGAUGACAAUUCGCCUGCUAAAGGUGCUAAAUUUGGCCACAGUGAUGAAUCAAAUAAUCAUUUGGUUUUGGUUUCCCGUGCAGUGAGUGGUGAUGAAACCGCGUUAUGCAAAUCAAACUCUGAACGACAGGCAGACAGUGCACAUACUGAAAAUGUUCUGCGACCUUCAAAGCCGACUGAGUCUGAUCUUGCUGAAAUGGAAGCUUAUCUUGCUAAGUAUGUUGGAUUUUUACUUGUCGGGUUUUCAUCUGUUAAUUUUUUUGGAAGGCGUUGUUCUGGGCAAAACCAAAUUCGGCCGGAAGAUGAGAAGAUUGUUACAACAAUCGAAAAUUCUGACGAGGAUGAAAAAAAUUAUGUGAAACCCAAAAUCCACAUGCAUCGCAUUCGGAAGAUAUCAGAUAGGGCUAAAAAUAUGAUUUUAAAACUCUCCGCUGGGUCUUCGGAAAAAGCUGCCAAUCGUAGAAAUUCUUGCUCUGAUGACAAGACAUUUCUUGACAAAAGUUUGUCGUCAGAAGUAGAUGGUGUUUUUCGUGCUGUGAAUGAGAUAGAAGAGCAGCCUGGGAGCUGUGCGAAAAAAGAGCUGCGCAGCAGUUCUGUAGAUGAUUCAAAGGGAGUUUUGGAUCAUGAGCAAGACCAGGAGGAGGAGUCAGAUGGUCAUCUACAAAGUACUAUUGUAAAGAGCUGCGAAUUUGAAGGUGUUGCAAAGCUAGACGACGAGAAGUGCCAGAAGGAAGCAUUUGAAGAGGGCUGUAAUAGUCAGGUGUUAAAAUGUUCCGACAGUAGAAAGACCGUUUCUAAAAAAGAAACGGGGUGUGAAGUGACUGUUGAACAAAAGACCGCAAUCUCGUCUGCUCAAGAUACUAAGGAUGAGGCAAGAGGUUUCAAUGGUGAGUCCGCGGAUUCUUCUCAGAAGACAGCUGAGAUGGAUGAAUCUGUAGGAAGAGACGUGGCUCAUUCUAACAGCGGUUUUCUUGACGCGUUUUAUCCGCAAGAAAAUGGCGAUUCAUCUGUGGAUAAAAUCAGCCCUUCAGGUUCUGAAGAUGUAGUUGAGGAGCAGGUAAUUCUCUUUGUUAAUAAGGAAACUGGCAGUGCUUCUGAACCCUCUGAAUGUGAAGCAGUUGCUGUAGAAGAAACAGCAGUUUGCCCGAGUCAAACCUCCGACGAAGUUGGAAGCUGCUGUGACAAGAAAGGAACGACUUCUGACGAAAAAGCAGUUGACGAUACGGUUGCGGCAGAGACCACAAAGCCGAAAGAAGACGAGAACAGCCCCGAUGAGGAGGCUAAAGAAAUGCUUGAAGAUUUUGUUGUGCAGGGGGAGAGCGAUGACGCUGAAGUAACUGAAAUCAGUCCUGAAGCUGUUUCUGUUAUUGCUAGUACACAUGAUAUCUCAGCAGCUUCUACAAAUACGCGUUUGACAGAAAGUGAGUUGCAGCUGGGGAAGGUGAAACCAGAAUGGAUUGCCGAUGCGGAAAUGACUACUUGUAUGCUUUGUUGCUCCAAAUUCACCUUUAUUUUAAGGAGGCAUCAUUGUAGAUCGUGUGGAAGAUUGCUAUGUGCUCACUGCACUUCGCAUAGGGCUGUUCUGCCAUACAUGAAUGAGCCCUCGAAAAAGUUUAAAGUUUGUGAACCUUGUUUUCAAACGUUGGAGCGCAUUGAAAAAUAUGAGCAGGAAAGAAGUAAAAAUCAAAGCUCAAGUGAAGGGAGUAAAAACGAAGCUUCGUCAUCUGGAUCAAAUAAUGAGACAACUCCUCGUGUAACCAAAUCUGUCCUAAAAAUCAGAAGCGCUGGACAUGAGGAUGAUCAUGAUUAUUUGAGUUCUUCAGAGGGGACCAGACGAUGCGUGAAGUUUCGAGAUGGCAUAACUCCUGGUUCUGUGGAUGCAGAGCCUAGCACUUCAUCUGCACCAGAUUCAUCCAGAUCUUCCUCAAAACCUAAGAAGAUACCUACGUCUGUGUCAAAACGUUUGAAGGAACUUCGAAUGGAAGAAGAAAGCGUAUGUUUUUUACCAGAGGACGUCAGUGGAUCUUUAUAUUACAGAACUGUUAAUGGUACCAUACAAAAAUAUGGAUCACUAGACGAGGUUACGGAAUUAUUUUCUUCUGGAAAAUCCGUAAUAAUUGCUGUAACGCGUAAUCUGUGGUGCGAAGUAAAACUAUGUGAACUUUCUUGUUGCCUUGUUGGAAAGGUGGUUUGUGUGGUGUCGUGUGGUAUGUCGGCAGUGGGCUUGGAUGAGAUUUUGAUCGCUUAUAAUUUUUACGAGGAGGAUGAUUUUUCGGUUCCUUUGGAGGUUGUUCGCAGGAUUUACGCAAUUUGUAUGAACAGUUUAAAGCAUCAGGAUAUAUCUCCAUAUGGAAAAAUGGGUAUUCGUGAAGCGCAAUGCCGCGUGCCAAGCUUUCAUCCUUCUGAUCAAAAAGCAAAGGAGGAAUUUAUGUUUCGAGAUCUUCUUUUGUUUCGACCAUCUGUUCAGUGCUUUGAAAAUCUUUUGAUACCUCAGUCACCUUUUUUGGUGGGAUGCUUUUUGCACCAUGGCGAGUCUGUAUGGGCAAUGGCGAUACCUCAGAGAUUGCUGUAUCGUAUCGGGCAUCAUGCAUCUUAUUAUCCUACUCCAGUCGUCAAUGAUCGUUCACGGAAAGCUGUUUAUACGAAUAUUGCUCACACCACUGUGCUGAAGCUUUUUUGUGAUUUCAAGAAUUGGGCGUACUCCAUGCCAAGGUUGUACGGGAGCGUUGUAUUUCUGUGCGAUAAUGAGACACGUCUUUCUAUACCUAAUUUUGGGAAGGAAGAGGUCAAAAAGUUAGUGUCGUGUAACAAGAAUAUGAUUGCUUGGGCACUUGACUUUAAUGGAAAGGCAGACAGUCAUCUAGUAUGUGAACAAAAUGAAAAUGCUGUUUACAGGACACAGGUUUUCACGAGCGGCAAUUCUGUUCGUAAAAUUACCGGUGCUUCAUUUAUUGCGAUUGAUGGGGCUCUAAAAGGAACUGAUGUUCCAGUGAGCGUGAAUGUUGUUGAGGAUGGCAUUACAGUGAGGCUGCGCCCUGACACUAUGGCCAAGGUUGUUGAUGCUCUUUCAGCUGGAACCGAUUGUAAGAUUGAAUCUCCGGUUACAACUUUCUGUGUUGAGUGGAAAGACGUUGAACCAGAUGGUUACGUUGGAGAACUAAUUUCUACAAUUGACAGCAUGCCAUUAAUGGGGAAAUAUCAGUAUGGUUUAAAUGAGGAGCGCAUUUUGAGCUCGGUCUAUACUAUCCCGGGUUUAAGUGAUUGGGCUUUACGCUUAGUAGCUGUUUACAACUGUGAAAAUGGUCGGUUUCCGACGUGUAUUCGCUCAAAAGUUUUCGCUGUUGCUGAACAGAUUGCAGCUCAAAUAACUUAUACGAUAACACCCUUUGUAAACUCGUUGAUUAAAAAGAAUUUGCUACAGCUCUGCAUUCGCAUUCACGUGACUCCAGAAGAGGCAGAAUACAUAGCUGCCCCUUGGACUGAUAUGGAGACCGAAUUUAGCGCAUGGACUGAACUCUUAGAUAAUCAGCUGGUACCGGGUCUGUUUAAUGUAUGCUCCUAUAUAUCUGUUGGAUUUACAGCCGAAAUCUGCUUUGCUUUAAUUUCAACUUGCUCACUUCCUUAG